UUGACAACGUUUCGCGAUCGAAAACGCUCGCGAAAAAACACGCACAAGCACGCGCGAAAAGUUUGAAACGCAACGAAAAAGUUUAAGGCAGUUAAAAACGCCCAAAAGUUUUCGUACAACAAAAAAAAGCCUAGUUUCGUGUUUCUAAGGGUCUAAGAAAAAAUGUUUAAAAUUAUAUUACCUGCAGUUCUGUUAAUUGCCUCAUGUCUGGGGAGUCCGGUGAGCAAUAAUCGACGCUUCCCCAAUGACUUUCUCUGGGGCGUUGGCUCCUCCUCGUACCAGAUCGAGGGUGGAUGGAAUGCGGAUGAUAAAGGUGAAUCCAUUUGGGACUUUCUCACCCACACACAUCCCGAGAAGAUAGUGGAUGGUUCAAAUGCUGAUAUCACUGCGGACAGCUAUCAUCAGUGGCGACGCGAUGUCCAAAUGGCCAAAGAACUCCAUGUGGGAACGUACCGCUUCUCGUUGUCUUGGCCACGGAUCAUGCCUGGUGGAUACAUGAACCAUGUGAGCACCGCCGGCAUCAAGUACUACUCCAAUUUGAUCGACGAACUGCUGCGUUACAACAUCACUCCCAUGGUGACGAUCUAUCACUGGGAGCUGCCGCAGCGGCUCCAGGAGUUGGGUGGAUGGACCAAUCCGGAGAUCAUUCCGCUGUUCAAGGACUACGCCCGACUGGUGAUGGAGAUGUAUGGGGAUCGCGUGAAGAUCUGGACCACCAUCAACGAGCCCUGGCACGUUUGUGAGCAUGGGUAUGGUGUGGACUACAUGGCACCAUCGUACAAUUAUCCGGGAAUUCCCGCCUAUCUGUGCGGCCACAAUCUGCUCAAGGCCCACGCGGAGGUGGUGCACAUGUACCGGGAUCUCUUCCAGCAGCGGCAGAAGGGACGCAUUGGCAUCACCCUGGACACCUCGUGGCCGGAGCCAAGGGAUCCCGACUCUGCCGAGGAUCGUGAGGCGUCCGAGCGUGCCAUGCAGUUCUAUGUCGGUUGGUUCGGUCACCCCAUCUUCUCGAGGCAUGGCAACUAUCCCAAAGUAAUGAUCGAACGCAUCCGCAAUCUCAGCAAAGAGCAGGGCUUCGGUGUACGCUCCCGCCUGCCGGAGUUCACCCAAGAGGAGAUCCGUCGCAUCCGCGGCACAGCCGACUUCUUUGGCAUCAAUUCCUACACGAGUAAUCUCGUGACUUCCAAUGGCCACAACAACACAGGAAAGUUUCCAGUGCCGUCGUUCAAUCACGACAUGGGCGUGGUGGAGAGCCAGGAGGGUGUCGAUUGGCCCGGUUCGGGUUCUGUUUGGUUAAAGGUGUAUCCCAAGGGCAUGUACAACCUGCUUAAGUGGAUUCACCGCGAGUACAAUGCACCCGAGAUUAUUGUCACAGAGAAUGGCGUGAGCGAUCGUGGGGGCUUGGAUGAUUAUGCCCGUGUCGACUACUACAAUUCGUAUCUAGAUGCCAUUCUUAAUGCCAUCGAGGAUGGUCUGAACAUCAGUGGCUACAUUGCCUGGAGCCUGAUGGACAGCUACGAGUGGAAGGCUGGUUUCACGGAGAAAUUCGGACUCUAUCAUGUGGACUUUACAUCGCCGGAGCGCACGCGUACGCCCAAGAUCUCAGCGCGAGUAUUUGCCCAGAUCUGCAAGACGAAUGAGAUCGACUGGAGCUAUCGGCCGACGCUCGAUGAUCAACAGUUGGUGGCUUUGGCGCAGCUUCCAGCUGAAGAAGUGGAUCCCCGAUCGAGUGGAGCCUCUAGUCUUGUGGGCUGGAGUCUGCUUUCCAUCGCUCUGCUCACUUUUCUCAGAUGAGAGAAGUAGAGAGAGAGAGAGAGAGGUUUAGAGUGUAGUGGAGGCUUGCCAUGUAUUGUUUUGCUACUCGUCGCCCCUAAGUUUUGUCUAAAAAUCUAAUAUAAUCUACUAUAUGUAUAGAAACUCUAAUUUGUACUUAAACUUAAAAACGCGAACCUGAAUAAAACAUUUU